UAUAUAUUUAUUCAACACUAGGUUAUGUUUUUAUCAUGAAGUUUAAAUUUUACUUGGAAAUAUCGUAAAACGUUCAUAAGUCAUGACUCAUAAAUAUGUCAGCUAUAUGUAUUAUGAAUGAAACUAAGAUAGCGACCUCAAUAUCAGUUUAUCAACUCAUUCGAAGUAAGUCUAGUGUUUCGCCCGAUUUCAACCAAUAUAAAAAGAUCAGAAUUUUCUCCUAGAUUUUACUUUCUAUGUCCUCUUCAUAGUCAAAGGGAUUUAUUGUAUAAGUGGUGUGGUACUUGUGUAGUUUCGUAGAAGUUUAAAACAAAAAAGUGUGUAGUGUUUGAUUUUGUAAAUUUCAAUUAAAAUGAUCGAAGAACAUAAUGAGCAUGAAACGAUAUACGAUUCUGUGAAUUCACUUGUGGAAGGUUGUCGUUUGCCAGUCAAAAUGCAUGGAACAGACGAUUGGCCCCUAGCUGAAAUUAUCAGUGUUAAGGAUAUACAUGGUAUCAGAUGUUAUUACGUGCAUUAUGUUGAUUUUAAUAAACGAUUAGAUGAAUGGGUAACUGAAGAUUGUUUGGAUACUAGAAAAGUUCAAUAUCCUCAACGAGAUGGCACAGCUCCUGGAACAGGGGCAGGUACUCCAAAAAAGCAAGUGCAAAGCAGACCUUCUAGUCCUAGUAGUGUUAGUAACAAACCGUUGAAUGGUACUGCUGUAUUACAAGCAGCAUUACAAAAGAAAAUGUCAAAGAAGAGAAAGUCAACGUUUUUAGAGAACGAGGAUUCUCAAGAUGGCCCACCUCAAACUACAGGUCCAAGACCUACUGGUUCAUUGGUUUCUCAUCAACACGAUGAUGUUGUCACACGGAUGAAAAAUGUAGAACUUAUAGAAUUAGGUCGUCAUAGGAUAAAGCCAUGGUAUUUCAGUCCAUAUCCACAAGAGAUGGUGAAUCUUCCGUGUAUAUAUAUAUGUGAAUUCUGCUUGAAGUAUAGGAAAAGUAGAAAGUGUUUGGAGAGGCAUCUGGCAAAGUGUAAUUUACGUCAUCCACCAGGAAAUGAGAUAUAUCGAAAAGGGUCUAUUUCGUUUUUCGAAAUUGAUGGUAGAAAGAACAAAAAUUAUGCACAAAACUUAUGUUUAUUAGCAAAAUUAUUUCUCGAUCAUAAGACAUUGUAUUACGACACUGACCCUUUUCUAUUCUACGUUAUGACUGACUUUGAUAGCAGAGGUUUUCAUAUUGUUGGAUAUUUUUCUAAAGAGAAGGAAUCACCGGAGGAUCAUAACGUAGCAUGUAUUCUCACACUGCCACCGUACCAAAGAAAAGGAUAUGGAAAAUUAUUAAUAGAAUUUUCCUACGAACUCUCGAAAUUCGAGGGUAAAACUGGAUCUCCAGAAAAGCCAUUAUCCGAUUUGGGCUUGUUAUCGUAUCGAAGUUAUUGGACCCAUACGAUACUCGAUAUAUUAUUGAACAUUAAACCGGUAGUCGAAAAUGAAAAGCCACAAAUAACUAUAAGUGAAAUCUGUGAUUUAACGUCUAUCAAAAAGGAAGAUGUGAUAUCGACGUUACAAAACUUGAAUCUAAUUAACUACUACAAAGGACAAUAUAUCAUAACGUUAAAUAGGGAAAUAAUUGAGCAACACUCGGCGGCAAUGAAAAAACGCCAAGUUAGGAUAGAUCCAAAGUGUCUAUAUUGGACUGAAGGAUUGGAGUGUUAAGGCUAAAUAAUAAAGUGAUAUUAAAAAGUGGCUAAAAGCCAAUGUUAAUUUGUUAUGAAAUUAUUUUCAGGAAUUCUGGAAGUGUUAUGAUAUCAAACUAUAUAAAAAUUGUACAUAAUAACGUGAUAUUAUGGACUGGCAUUAAAAAGAAAAAGAAAAAGAAAAAGAAAAAAAAAAGAAAGAAGAAGGAAAAGAAAAAGAAAAAAGAAAGAAAAACUGUUCAUAAUCCGUGAGGUGAAUCAUAAUGGUUUUAACAAUUCAUUGAAUCAAGCAAAUUGCACUAGUGGGUAUUAAACAUAAAUAAUUGUGAUAAGUGAGUUUUGUAUGAAACAAUAUUCAUGGCUGUACUAACAGUUUUAGUCGAUAACGAUCUUUUCAUACGACGGGUAUAAUUUAAAAUUAAAAACAAAAGAGAAAAAAAAGAAGAAAAAAAAAAAAAGGAAAA